AACGCUAUAAAUGCUCCGAGACCGGAAAUGAAUGAAAUGAAACUCGGAAGGCUGGCGUCCGAGGAUUCAGGAACGCACCAGUAGAUACCGCUCCCGUCUCAGGGGAAAAUGAGGGAAUGAUGCAAGAGCAUUCAAAAAUAUGACGGGCUUUCUAACGAUAAAAAGCUUAAUACAAAUGGGUGAAGUGUCACUAUAUUUUCUAUAUAUGUUUUAAAUCAGUGUAGGCUAUGCUAGUAUGUUCGCCCAUGAUUAAAUAAAUGUUUAGGCCGAGUAGACCGAGUGCAGUGAGGUUUACCGGAUGACGCGAUAAACAAAGAUGGCUGCGCCCGUAGUGAUUGAGUUUAGAUUUAUUUUCUUAGCAUUUAUACCACGUUGUUUAUUUUAAUGUCGAUUUGAAAUGAUCGUAUACACUUGAAUACAUUUCUGCUUUAAUCCGGUCACCGAUGUAUGCAUUGCAUGGUCUUUUGGGGCAUGCAAUUCAAGGUAAAUGUUUGUUUUCAAGCUGGUUUGCUAUAAAGGCUAAUGUAGCAAACAAUAUUUACAUCCUGGUACGGCUCUUCGUGCCUCAGGGAAACAGCGAAAGCACUUUUUUUGGGGAAUUGAAAUAGGCGAAAAUAACAAAAUAUUAGUGAUCGGAGUUGCUUGAAAUGUUAAGUUUAUACCUGAUGAAUGUUCAGGAAAUAUUUGCAAUCCAUUUCAGGUUUUGUUACAUUAUGCAAGUGGUUAUAAAUUCUUAAUCUUUCAAACCUAGACUUUCUCGACCUCUCUUAUUAUUUCCCCCCGAAUAUCCGAUUCUGGGUUUUUAUCGACAACAGAGUAAAAUAUGUUAACAAAUAUGUCACUCUGCGGCCCAACUUUGGAAGAACAGCUUUCGUCCAUAAUUGACGUACUUGCGAAAGCUGCUGUAUCAGAAAUUAGCCAACUGUUCUCGGAAGGCUCGGCUACCCUUCGAUUACAAAUGACUCGGAGCCUGAAAGAAAACCAAGCGCUGAGGAUGAGGAUGAAGGUGAUGAGGAAUGAGCUGUUUUCUUUGCGGCUUCAAACGAGAUCAAAUGCAUCGUCUGCGGCCAUUCGUUUGGCCUUGGCUCGAGCCAACACCUGCAAACCAAAUGAUGACUGCAGUGACUUUGGAGACCGCAGCACACAGCGCGACGCCAUCUCAGAGACUUUUAACACCCCUGGCUCCUCCCACAUGUCCAGUCACAGCGAGGAGCUGAGGAUCCUGAGCGUCUAUGGAAAAGGGGAGGGCCCACUGGCGCUGGACGGCAAUGGCACACUCUUCAACUUGUCCGAACUGGAGGCCCUGAACUCGCUGUCUGCAGACCACAGCGUGGCCAAGAGCCUGGAGCGCGGCGAGGAGCUGGUCUACCGUGAGGAGCUGACUGUGCAGCAGACCCCAGACACCAUUUUAAUCAAAGAUGAAGAGGAUAUUGGUGGGGGCAUGCCAGCUGUAGAAGGCUGCGCUGAAUUUGGAGACUGCAGCACACAGCACAGCGCCACCUUAGAUAGUCUGCAUGUGGACGCUCCUGGCUCCUCCCACAUGUCAAGUGACAAUAUGGAGCUGCGGAUCCUGAGUGUCUUUGGAAAAGGGGAGGACCCACUGGCGGUUGAUGGCCAUGACAACCUCUUCACCGGACCUGAGGCUCUGAGCUCGCUGUCCGUAGAACACAGCGUGGCAAAGAGCCUGGAGCGCGGCAAGCAGCUGGUCCACCGUGAGGAGCUGAACGGGCAUCGGGGCGGCGGCAAGGACCGGCCCGGUGUGUUGUCCGGAGAGGUGUGUUGUCAUUUCCACAAUGGCGAGAAGCCGUACGGGUGCGACCAAUGCACGAAGCGCUUCCAACUGAAAGGCAGCCUGAAGAUCCACAUGAGGACUCACUCCGGGGAGAAGCCCUACAGUUGUGACCAAUGCGUGAAGCGCUUCAGUCAGAGCUCCGACCUAAAGGUCCACAUGUGGACUCACUCCAGGGAGAAGCCUUACUGGUGUGACCAAUGCGGUAAAGGCUUCAGUAAGAGCUCCAACAUGAAGAUCCACAUGAGGACUCACUCCGGGGAGAAGCCCUACAGGUGUGUUCAAUGCAUGAGGAGCUUCGGACGGCUUUCCACUCUGAAGAGCCACAUGAGGACUCACUCCGGGGAGAAGCCCUACAGUUGUGACCAAUGCUUGAGGCGCUUCAGACAGAGCUCCACUCUGAAGUACCACAUGAGUACUCACUCCGGGGAGAAGCCCUGAAGGUGCAACGCCAGCUUCAGCGUCCCAAACAAAGAGCCAAUUGGGAGCUUUGACACGGGGCAACGGGACGCUUUGAUCGUCGCCAUUAUUUUUUUGCUUUAUUAAAGGUUCCAUGGCAUGUUACUUUAUGGAUGCUUUUAUAUAGGCGUUAGUGGGCCCCUAAUACAGUACUGGAAGACGUUCAAGAAAUUCAGCCUUUGUGCAGAAAAACCGCCACUACGAGGCAGUCCCACCAUUUGCUUUCCACAAACGUGCCGUUUUUUUAGAGGCAGGUCAGGGUGGAGGCUGGGGGUGUGGCCUUGAGCAGCUUGCGGCCACGCUACCAUGCUCUCGUGGACUGGAGUUACAAGCUGUCAAACGAGAGACUACGUAACGUCACGAAGACCUAUCCAAUGCAUGACUUUUGUUACAUACAACAAGUAAAAUACAUUGGCCACAUUUGUCGUCUAGAUAACUCAAAGUUUCAAAACCAGAUGCUAUUUGAUCGCAGAAUGCCCAAAACCAUCUGUAACAAACUAGAAAGGAUAUUCGAUAUGGACAUAUUACAAAUACAAAGAACUUUGAUGAAGAGAAAUGAACUAAUGCGAGUGCUGGACCAUAUGUUCAGACAGGAGCACCCCAAGGCCACUAGUGUGCCAAGAGGGAAAAAGUGAUUGUGUUUACAGUGGAUGUAUCACAAUGGCGUGGCGCAUACAGAUUUUGUUCAUGUUCUGUAAAUAUUCUAGAACCCUCCGGCUACUCCGGCCGGAGUCCUGGCGCUCUAUAUCUAAAUAGUAUCAUAUUAUACAUAGAUAUCUAUCAUAUAAUAUAUAUUAUCAUGGGCAAAAGCUGUGUGCGCCUCCAGACGAUAUUAUGAAUCUCAAACGGCUGCAUCGGUUUCUCUGACGUCUCUGGUUCUUCCACUUCCACAUCAAUCUGAAGUAGACUGAACCACGUCAUGGAGGAGAAAGGGAUUGUUGCCCGCGAUUGACUCCCGCCGGAGCCCCGCUGCCGAGGCGUGCUGCCUCGGUAGAAAGCAGUGGGCAGUGGGGCUUCGGCGGGAGACAAUCGCGGGCAACAAUCCCUUUCUCCUCCAUGUCGUGGUAUCAAGUUCUUCUCGGAGUCAAAGCCAAAGUUCCUUUCACCCAAUUCCUUCUCAACCAUGGAUGAUAUAACCCCCACUACGAGACUUACUACCAGAGACGUCAGAGAACCCGACGUGUUAUGUGCCAUAACACCAACAGAACGGUUAUCCAAAUAACAAAGAAGUGUACAACACUUGCGUUACAGUGUGUGUAUUCACACACACACACACGUGGUGCUCGCAUGGUCGUAUUGUCUCAUUGGAGGGCCAAAUUCUCUUGGCUGGCAAAGCAGAGGGAGGAAAAUUCCAAACCGGCGCGUCUUUUUUAAAGGCAGAGCAGGAUAGCAAGUCCUCGUUUUACACCUAGCGCCAUUUCUAGCCACUGGGGGAAUGGGGGACAUAUUAAUGUUAGAAAACCUCAUAAAGUGACAUUUUCAUGCCAUGGGACCUUUAAAGACUCUUUCCCACUUUUCAUUCGCCUUCUGUUUUUAUUGUUUGAAAUGUAUGUAUGUGUGAUGAAUAGUCGCUUGUUUUUUGGACACUUCGGAAUACCAAAUAUCUGAGUUAAAUUUAGAGCAUUAUCAUGGGAAGAUACAGGAAGCAAAGUUACCAAGCAUACAUUCAACGAGACAAAGGGUGUACAUGAUUCUUAUAGGCAAUUUCACAUUGGUGGUUAAUACAAAGGUGAGGGGGAGUGACCAUCGUGGAGAUUUUAGGAUUGCCCAGAGGAGAGACCAAGUUCAAUUUAAGUACACUGAGUGAAGUGGACUUGGCUGCAAGACAGUUAAAGGAAUCUACAAAACAAAUAAGUCAGUGGACUGGCCUCAGUAUCAGACUUCGCGGCUACAGUUGCAAUGCAAAUGCAACAAAACCUUUCAAAUAGAGAGGACGGGAGCGGGAGGUAUCUCUAGGUCCAAGGAGAAUGUAUAGAAAUCCCUUUCAAUUGUCUACAUACAAUAUAUAAUUGUAUAUUAUAGUUUGUCUUUGUCUUUCUUAAGUUUUAUUCUUUCGUACUUAUUCUCAACAAACUUUGGGAUCCUGCUCCUUCCACAAUUUCCCCCUGAGAGACUACAUUCAAAUUUUAAAAUGUUAAGAUCAGCUUGGAAUCGCGUGCUUCUAUUCAGAUUAUUCUUCUCUGAUGCUUCAACUUCUUCAGACUAACUGUUAAUCUUCUUUUAGACAUUGAACAAAUUAUGACAUUUGUAACUUCAAAAAUAUAAACAGCACAAUAAAAAAUAAUAUAUA